GUGUAACUCUCCUAGAUUGCGUGGUGGUAUAAAUACAAGGGUUCGAUGAAUUAGAUUCACAAAUUAACCAACUAACCAACCAACCCGUAUAGUAGGAUACUUGUUUUGUUAAUUCACAAAGAAAUGCAUAAUUAAUGUCCACUCUUAUCAUGGCAUCACUUAAAUCUGCCUUGCUAACUCCUUUGUACAAUUUCAUCCAUAAAGAUUUUCACAAGACCGUUGACCGGAUGACCGUUCUCGACAAGCUUCUCUUCUUCGGGAUUCAUAUUGUGGACAAGCUGGGGAUAUGGCACAAAUUGCCGGUGUUCUUAGGGCUGAUAUACUUGGGCAUCCGGCGACACCUUAACCAAGAAUACAACUUGUUCAACGUUGGGAAAACGCCCGCCGGAGUCCGGUUUGAUCCGGCGAAUUACCCUUACCGGACGUCCGACGGCAAGUACAAUGAUCCCUUCAACGAAGGCACGGGGGAAGAGCUUUCCUUCUUCGGCCGGAACCUCCUCCCGGCGGCCGGCCAUGAAAGAACGAAGCCCCACCCUGCGGUGGUGGCGGCGAAGCUAUUGGCGCGGAGGAAUAGCGUGGUGAUCGACACAGGGAAGCAGUUCAACGUGAUCGCCGCCGCGUGGAUACAGUUCAUGAUCCACGACUGGAUGGACCACCUGGAGGACACGGCGGCGGAGGUGGAGGAGCUGGUGGCCCCGGCAGAAGUGGCCGGUCAAUGCCCUCUCAAGUCUUUCAAGUUCUACAAGUCAAAGGAGGAACCCACUGGCUUCUAUGAGAUCAAGACCGGUUUUAGAAACCGGCGAACGCCGUGGUGGGAUGGAAGUUCUAUAUACGGCAGCAAUAGCAGCGUAUUGGAGAGAGUGAGAACACUGAAAGAUGGAAAGCUUAAGAUAGGGGAAAAAGACGGUCUUCUCCUCCAAGACAAAGAUGGCAACGUCAUAACCGGAGAUGCGCGUAAUACUUGGGCUGGUGUCUUGGCACUACAAUCCCUCUUUGUUUUGGAGCAUAAUGCUGUUUGCGAUGCCUUAAAGAAAGAAUAUCCAACGAUGGAGGACGAAGAGUUGUACCGCCAUGCGAGGCUGGUGACAUCUGCAGUUAUAGCAAAGGUCCACACCAUUGAUUGGACGGUGGAGUUGCUAAAGACCGAUACGUUGCGGGCGGGAAUGCGCGCAAAUUGGUAUGGUUUGUUGGGGAAGAAGUUUAAGGACAGGUUUGGGCAUUUGGGAUGGUAUGUCUUGAGUGGGUUGGUGGGGAUGAAGAAGCCAAAAAACCAUGGUGUCCCAUACUCGUUAACGGAAGAAUUCACGAGUGUUUAUAGAAUGCAUCAGCUCCUCCCCGAAACGAUCUCACUCAGGAACAUCGAUGUCGCGCCUGGAACGAACAAGUCUCCUCUUGUGUCUCGAGAGGUUCACAUGGUGGAUUUGAUUGGGCGUAGAGGGGAAGAAUCAUUGUCGACGAUUGGAUUUACACGACAUAUGGUGUCGAUGGGUCACCAAUCCUGUGGGGCACUCGAACUCUGGAACUAUCCUUGCUGGAUGAGGGAUCUCGUGCCCCAAGACCCCGACGGAACUGAAAGACCAAACCAUGUUGACCUUCCAGCUCUCGAGGUGUACAGGGAUCGGGAGAGGAGUGUGGCCAGAUACAACGACUUCCGGCGGGGGUUGCUCUUGAUUCCCAUAUCUAAAUGGGAAGACCUAACGGACGACGAGGAAGCCAUAGCCACACUUGAGGAAGUGUACGGUGGCGGCGUGGAAGAACUAGACCUUCAAGUUGGUCUAAUGGCGGAGAAAAAGAUCAAGGGCUUCGCCAUAAGCGAAACCGCUUUCGUCAUCUUCCUCGUCAUGGCUACGAGGAGGAUAGAGGCGGACAGGUUCUUCACGAGCAAUUAUAAUGAAGAAACGUACACCGAGAGAGGACUGCGAUGGGUUGAUGCGACGGAGAGCCUCAAGGACGUGCUGGACCGGCACUACCCGGAGAUGACCCGGAAAUGGAUGAAUUCAACCAGCGCUUUCUCUGUGUGGGAUUCGUCUCCUGAUGAACCCCACAGUUGCUUUCCUAUCUACUUUCGUCUCCCUCGUUAAACCCAACUUUAAAUAAGUGCAUUUUAAUUUGUAUCUUGAGUUUUAAGGAUAUUUUAAGGAUUUUGAGUGUUUUGAUGGUUGAUAUGUGUUUGUAUUUGAAUGUGUUUUUAAUGUUCCACGGUCACCAUAUUUGGUUAGUUGUAGAGCGAUUUUGCUUGCUUGUUUUAGUAAUUGGAACUAACUUUAAGCGUUGAAUAUAUUUUCGAUUGGUGU